UUUCAUGGUUUUAGUGAAGUUAUAGUUUUGAAUGGUAUAUCACCUUAUUUCUCUUUCUAUAUCUCAUUUAUAAGUUAUUUUAAACUCUCCGCAUCAAAAAAGAUGUUUCUUGUUCGCUUUAUCCUGAUGAUCAAUUGUAUUUAUUGUCUUUUUCUUUUUUCUUUGUGCUCUCUCUCUCUCCUUUUAGCAUGUUUGCUCCUUUGUCUUCUCUUAAAGAUAUUGUCUGUAGCUCUGUGUUUUAUUUUAAUUUUUUGUCUUUUAUUCUUUGAUUCUUAUCAGACUGACAAAACUAAGCCUAUCUUGUGUUUGCAGGCUUUCCUUCCUUCCUAUCUUUUCUUGCAGCUCUGUUUUUCCUCUCUAACGUGCUGGUGUUUGUUAUGAUCUCACUCUCUUUGGUUUUUGUUUUCAUACUGUUCAUGCUGGUUAUACUUGCUAUCUCUACUAAAACAGAUUUCUAAACAAUCAGCUUGCUUGUGUAUUUCUCUCCUUUUUUUGGUAUUUUCUGUCUAAAGUCUUUAUUAUUUGUGUCUCUUUGUAAUUUGUGAAUCUUCUAUCCGUCUGCUCAUUUUUUUCUCUUUCGCCAUGUUUCUGUCCUUGCUUGUUUGUCUCUUAACUGUUUUUCAGUGUUCGACUUCCUCAUGUGCCUUGACUAGUCAUUUAAAUGGAGUGCUGUCUUAGGUGUCCAUCAACAAGAUCCUUUGUAUUAUCCUCUAUUCAUUUCUGUCCUGUCUCAUGCUUUUUUGUCUUAUUAUUCUAAUUUGGUUUUUCUCUUUGUGACUCCUAUUUUCAUGAUGUAUGAACUUAGAGUUUUUUUCUCCAAGCGUGUGUGGAAGGGAAUUAAAUGUAACAUCUAUUAACAUUUGUAUCUUAGUGCCAGCCAUGCCAGUGAAGAUUUCAUGUCUCUUCUUUUAUUAUUUCUGUAAAACCAACUGUUUGUCGAUGCAACACAGAAAUUUAAACAUGCAACGUCUGUCCUCUGUAUGUUGCUAUAUGUGUUUGUCUGCGGUUUUUAUAUAUUUAUAUUUAUGUCAUUAUAUGUGUGUAUCAUAAACUCUCAAAGGAUUUGGGGACAUAAUUUGGUUUCUAUUAUUUUAAGUUUAUUGACUUUGUGUUUUUGUCUAAAAAUGUGCUUAUUAUUUUGCUAGUGGAGGUAACGUUCUUUUUGAAGAUGUACUUAAAUUUCCUAUGAGUUACACCUCUCAGGUCUUGUGCCCAUUAUUAAUCUGUGGAAUACAAGGCAGAUUUUAUUUGGCUUUUGUUAGCAAUAGCUGUUAAAAAAAAAAAAAAAAAAACCCUAUGAAGUGACAUCAAUCCAUAGUAAAACUGGGACUGAACGGAUCAUUUUGGAGAGGCGGUUUGCUGCUAAACAGGUGGAGGUUGGACUCCCUGUGGGCUCAAACGCUUUCUGUAGAUGAGUAAACUGCUCAUUAAUGUUUGAGCUGUUUUACGUUUGUCAACGAUUUUUUGCUUGCAGGGGCAACAAGCCAGCAAACAGCCCCAAGGGUCACCCUCCUGAUGCCGACGGGCACUCUUCUGUAACUGACCUGGCCAACUCGCUCACUGGAGACAUGGUGAUGUUGUCCCCAGGUUCAGAGGAUGAUGACGGCGAAGGGCCCGUCAGUGAAAAACUCGGUCGAAUCCAGUUCAGCAUAGGCUACAGCUUCCAGAACACAACCCUCACCGUCAAAGUUCUCAAGGGCCAGGACCUGCCAGCCAAGGAUUUCUCCGGCACCUCAGACCCUUUUGUCAAAAUCUACCUGCUGCCUGACAAGAAGCACAAGUUGGAAACCAAGGUCAAGAGGAAGAACCUCAACCCCCACUGGAAUGAAACCUUCCUCUUUGAGGGCUUCCCUUACGAGAAGGUGAGAGAACGCACUCUCUACCUCCAGGUGUUGGACUACGACCGCUUCAGCAGGAACGACCCCAUCGGAGAGGUGUCAAUCCCCCUGAACAAGGUGGAACUGGGCCAGCUGAAGACCUUCUGGAAGGAGCUUAAGCCCUGCAGUGAUGGCAGUGGGAGACGAGGCGACCUGCUGGUGUCUCUCUGCUAUAAUCCCACUGCCAACACCAUCACUGUGAACAUCAUCAAAGCUCGCCAUCUUAAAGCCAUGGAUAUCGGGGGCACCUCGGACCCUUAUGUAAAGGUGUGGCUCAUGCACAAGGACAAGCGUGUAGAGAAGAAGAAGACGCCGGUGAUAAAGCGCUGUCUGAAUCCAGUUUUCAACGAGUCUUUCCCCUUUGAUGUCCCUGCCCAUGUGCUGAGGGAGACUACCAUCAUCAUCACCGUCAUGGACAAGGACAGGCUUAGCCGCAACGAUGUUAUUGGCAAGAUCUACCUAUCGUGGAAGAGCGGGCCAGCAGAAGUAAAGCAUUGGAAGGACAUGCUCGCUCGGCCGCGCACUAACGUCGCCCAGUGGCACGCUCUUAAGGCCUGAUCGCACCACCCAGCUUCCUCCAUGGCCACUUCCCGUCUCCUAUUUCCUACCCCUCUUUUCUCUCCCCUACUCCCGCUCCCGUCCUUAUGCACAAGACUGACUUGCUGCCAGGCUGCGAAACACGGGUACAAUUAGCCAUCUGCUCUCUUAAACCUUUAAACUCUUCUCUAUUUUCUUUUAGAAUCUCAAUUUCCUCUUCCACUUCUCUCUGAAUUUCUCGCCCUUUGUGCUGUUGUAUGUUUUUUUUUUUUUCUGUGUCGCCACUUUGCCAAUAGUCCCCCUGUUUCUGACUGUCUGUAUGUCUGUCUUUCUGUCCUUAUGCAAUCAGCCCAUGGAGGUCUAACGAUCCGUUUAUUUGUCGCUGCAGUCCCUGACCAGUUAAACAAGUUGGUAUCUUAGAGAAUCAUAAUAAUUUGAGCUCAUUUAAUCUUGUUGUAUAAAUAGUACAGUUACACAAUAUAAUACAGAAGGCACUGUAUGAACAUACAGGCGGAUGUCAAUAAAUUACAAUACCAUCGUAAUGUUAAUUUAGUGGUUCAGCUCAAAAAGUGAAACUCACUGCAUACCAAGUGGGUAAACCUAGAGUAUUAUAUAUUUCCAGUCUUUAUGUCUGUUAAUUUUGAUGACUGCGAUGUGCAGCUAAUAUGAACCCCAAAUUCAGUUUCUCGUAGAAGUCGGUUAUUACAAAAGACCAAUGAAAAUAAUUAAUACAGCAUUGUGGUGCUACAACAUGUACUAUGUACUCAAUAAUUGACUGGGGCCACCAGCCUGUGACUCUGCAAAUGUGUGCGCCAGCCUUCAGUUCAUCCUCACUGUUGGCUCUAGAGCCUCGGCACUGUUUGAGAUUUAUACCAGGAGAGUUUGCACUUUUGCCAUAUUCUGCUGGAAAAAUAAAAUCUGCUCUUCUAUAAACCUUGUCAGCAGAGUGAAACAUGGAAUGCUCUAAAACCUUUUUGGUAAACGUCUCUGCUAACGUUGGACUUUAUAAAAUACAAUAGAACAACCUCAACCAGCUUGAAAUCUGUGCCUCUUCCCUUUAUCUCCAGACUCUGGGACCUUGAUUUACCAAUGAAAAAUAAAAUCUUCUUUUCUAAUGGAAAGAGGACUUGGAACAUGUCCUUUUUAAGAAGUAUUUGUCAGUGUCUUGCAUUCAGGAGUGUCUUAACAAAAGGAAGGUAACAGUUGCAGAAUAUAUUCUGGAAAUGAUUGUGUGCAGUGACUCUUAAAGCUCUGACUCCAGCCACAGUCAGUCCCUUGUGAUUCUCACCAAAAAUCAUAAAUGAGCUAGAAUCCUCUCCAGGCUUCAGUUAUCCCUGUUGCCUGUGCCAGAUUUUUCAGCCACUGUUUUUCCUUCCACUCAACUUUUCAAUCAGCAGCACACACUUGUGGUUUCCCACCUUUGUACAGAAUGUCAGUCUCUGUCUGCUGCUAUAUUCUAUUUAUCUGAGAAACAGAAAUUUGGGUUUUCAUUAGUUGUUAAUAGGUAACAAUCAAAAUUAAGAGACAUAAACGCUCCAAAUAUGAUGUUUGUAAUGAAUCUCUAUUAAUUAUUAAUUCUACUAAUUAAUUAACAUUUCUGUGACGUUACGAUACACCUGUACUCAUCUUAUGAAGAUAUAAUUUAGCUAUGUAGGCUGGCAGGGUUUCACUUAUGAACACUAGAUAACUGUAUCUUAGCCAUAUUCUGUCACCUGUUUCCCCGUUUCAUUAGUCUUUUCAUUGACCCUACUGUCCUUGUUAUCUGUCUCAAGUGUUUUAAAUUUUUUUCUCAUUGCAAACCUUUUCUCCUUCACUCAAGAAUGGUUUAAUGUUCAGCUGAAGUCUUUGAAAGUGAUCGAUAACAGGUUUGUGAUGAAACAAGCUGAACUCAGGACGGAUUUGUUCACACUGUUGUCUCUUCUCUUCCUUCUAUUCUCCUCUCUGUACUCUCUUUUGCCCCUCUUCUCUUCCUUCUGGCACAAUAUUAGUGACUUACUUUGCCUCACCACUCCUCUCACAACAACCCUCUUUCUGGAGCCUUCCUUGUCGUCUGUGUGCUGUGGGUGCUGUGCUGUAGCUCCAACAAAAAUAGAGAUUAAAAAAAAAAAAAAAAAAAAAAAAAAAAAAAAGCAACUAAACUUUCCAAAGCUGGGAAAAGAUGGGACACAAACUUGUGACAUGGAUUCGUCCCGAUUUUUCCAGAAAGAAGAAGAAAAAAAAAAAGACAC